AUGUUAGUCUCGGACUCAGUUAUAGCUGGUAACAAUGUAUUCGUAAAAGUUAUCAGCCCAGAAGGCCAAAUGUUCACCACUUACUUCUCAGAAGAUACACUUAUUGAAGAAGUUAAAAAUCGUGCCAUAGAUCAUUUUUAUCCCACCGGUGAAAAUGGACCAGCUCGGUAUAAAAUCGUGCGAGUUUUCGACACGACAACUUUACAUGAUUUUUUGACACUUGGGCAGGAACAAAUAGCUAUGUAUGAAGAGUUACUUUUGAUAGAAAGACGCGUUCCUGAGGCUGGGGCCCUUUGGGACUUGGGAGCAGUCAGGGCUCCGCAACAAGGUGCUAUUGCAGCCGCGACUGCUUCUCUUCCUACUCCGAAUAAUACCAUUAGACAACCAAAUUUACAGUCAUUACUUUCAACUAACGAAUUGUCGUAUGAAUUAAGGAAAAUUUUAAUAUCACUCAUAGAAGCCGGAGCAAGGUUAGCUGCAGCUGGAAGAAACUACGAAUUGACAUUAACUCAACUAUCAGCGGCAUUGGAUGAGCCCCGGCGAACUCAACAAAUUGCAGUUCAAGUUAUAACCCCAGAAGAAAUCGCAGCUAGACUAAAUGUUCCUGAUUCUGAAGGUACAUCAUCGGCGCCAUUAACUGGUGACGAACCUUACAAGCGAGCUGAAUAUUUAAGACGAUUCUUAGAGAAGUUUCGCGUAUGGAGAGCUAGGAUAAUGGACCCACCAAACCCUGAAUCUAUUGCUGCGCUAAAAGAACUUGGAUUUUCGUAUGAAGAUGCUGAUUUAGCUCUUCGAUCAACCGGAUGUAAUGUUCCAGCAGCCGCAUCUUGGUUGAUCGGAGAAAGAGGUUCAAGUGUCUUUGAACUAAUCAACGGCUUGCCCGAUGGCGCCAUCCUUCAGACUUUACUGAAACAGCCUCAAAUUCAGCGUGGGUUGUUGAAUACGAGAAUGCUAAUUGCUUUCAUCGCAAUGGUCAGUCAAACUGGUAACGCAGCGUUGUGGCUAAACUCGCCUCACGGUAGUCCACUGCUCUCACAAAUAUCAAGAACUUAUCAUUCAGAGAAAUAUUGUCUCGCUGUCAACCAAUUUUCCAAAAUACAAGACUCAUCUAAACCUUCAACUUCGAAGCAAAAGAAGUAAAUAUCAACUUUACCGUUUUUAUUUAAUAUUUUAACAUUGUUACUAUUUGUAUAUUUUAUUAAAUCAAAGUCAAAA